ACAUUACUUUCACACAAACUACAUUCACGAUGAGCAACAUAACGAUUCCCGAGGAGGAGCUGAACAAGUACAACUCUCAAUGGGUCUCCUUCCACAUUCGGGACCAUCUUAAGGAUGGAGAAAUCACAGUGCAGAACACUGUCAUCGAAGGUGGCGAAUUCCAUAGCCCGACAGACCGUCGUAAGUCGCUCCACGAAGAUGAGAUCGACUACAUGACCAUCGAGUCCGAGGGCGUUGGCGAGAUCUGUGCUCGUGGCCGUCGAGGCAGCGAGGGUCGCCUGGACCUCUUCCAUGGCGAUACCAAGAUUUGCGAGCUCCACUGGGAGAAUCGUGGAGGAGAGUUCCACAACCUGGUCGAGGUCUUGGAUGAUAAUUCCAAGUAUAGAGUCGAACAUGGGGGAUGGAGUCCACAGGCAGGUCCGCUGGGACAUGUCUUCGUGGACAUUUCGGAGGCGAAGAAGAAAUAAUUCUUCGCUUGGUGAUGCAUGAAGGAAAUGGAGGUUAUCCCUUCUCCUUCCGGUCGAUACACUGCGUGUCUAGACCUUGUUCUCAUUUAUUAUGUCCCAGUUUUAUUAUUUUGAAUAGCCCGAAACUACUUGGCUUCUGCACCAAGACGAAUGAUUAUGAAUUUUUUAAUGAUGAUCCUGGAAAGUCCCCUGAAACCUGUAUCUAAAUUCCAC